UGAGCUAAAAAUCACUUGGGUUCUGGGAAAGGCACUAGAAUGAGAGCUAGAAACAAAAGAUACGGUUGUGAAAACUGGUACCUAAGUUAAGAUGUUUGAGUACAUUUUCUCCUUUAAAAAAUUCUGAGGAACUUGAAUGUUUUGCUAACCCAAUUGUUUUUAGCCAGUCCUCAUAGAAAAUAGAGGUGCUGGAAAACUAGCAACCCCAGAAAAUUUUAAUUCAUUUUUGCACACGCUAAAAUUAAUUAGAAUUAGCAUAUUCAGUGAUGCAAUAGGCAAUUAAAGACUUUUGGAGAGAUAAGAAGACAAAAAAUGUCAAUAUUAUAUAUUCAAAAUCAGUCUCAAAGCAUUUUAUAAAAAUUUUGGCUUAUGUCCAGGAUCUAAGGGUGGGGGUGGAUAUGGUUUCUUCGUAGCAAAAGAGUGGAAAAGAAUCUGUUCUAUUUCCUUAAAAAUAAAAGACAUCUUGUUUUAUACGGCUUGAUAAAUGAAAUGCUUUUCUAUUUUUUACCUGCCAACAGGAUCUAGAGGAAAUUUUUCUAGCAAGCUAUGCUGUUUUUCUCUCUUUGGGGACAUGGUGACACCGGUUUUGCAGCAAAACAGUAUUUGCUUAUUAGGCAUUUCUUCAAAAUCCUGAAUAAGCAGCUCUUUCCACAUUUUUUGUUCCACAUGUUAAACAUUUCACUGCAAUUUGAGCUUCAGUUGUGUGUGUGUGUGUGUGUGUGUGUGUGUGUGUGUGUGUGUGUGUGUGUUGAUAGAAAAGAUUGAAAAGGGAUGCAUAAGAAUUCUUCAAGGUUUUUUUGUUUAAAAAAUUAAUUCCUACAAUUACAUAUUAGAGUCUGUACAGAAGAUGAUUCCAAUUUAUUACAUACAGCCAAACUAGAUCCCAUCAAUCUUGAGCAGUGGGGGCAGGGAGGUGGUGUUGAAGAAGACAUGAAAUUUGGUAUUUGAAUAGAUGAUAUUUAAUUUUUGGAAAACAUUUCACUCAUAAAACAGACAGCACCCUAGUGUCAGCCCUGACCUCCAUGAUGUCAGUGUCAUCAUGAAAACGUGCAAACGUAGCUAAGAUAAGCCUCAAAGUAAAACAAAGAAACAUUGCAUCUCAGCACAACACCAUUUCUUCUCUUACGUUGAACCAAGACUCUGAGGCUGAUAUGCAAUGUCACUUACAACAUUAAUCAGAUACUGCAUUUAAGGUAGGAGGCAAAGGUGGAACCUAUUUUUAACUCUUCUGCACUCCACGGUGUGCAAACGACCCGGUUCUCAAAUUUGUAUUCUCGGUGCUGGUAUCAGUGGUUUGAUUUUCAGCAAAUGUGACAGUGGCCUUUGCAGUGGUCAGCUCCGGGCAUUGAACUCUCAGAGGAGGAAGGGGAAAAAAUUCAGCACACCACCUCCUUGGUUGCAGCCACAGAGAAACCUUGGAUGAGAAACUUCUUUUUUCAAUUCUGUUUUCCUGUUGAUAAAUUCAGUUCUCGUGAUCACAGUACGUUCAAGCUGUUCUGCGUAUGAUUUGUGUGUGUGUGACAAUUGCAUCUAAAACUUGUGAGCAAGAAGACGGAGAAAUCAGUUGGUCUCCAUCGCUUUACAUAAAAAUGGCUGAAUGUCAUGCUAGCACUGCAUUAAGUGAUACAUACAGAUUUUGAUGUGGAAGAGAUGGAAGACUCAGAACCAAGGAUUUCCAAGUGAUUUCUUCCAAAACACGAGAAACUAACUCUGUUAAGACUGGUCUGUUCUGACUGAGAUGACAGUCAUGUCCCUUUCCAGGGACCUCAAGGACGACUUUCACAGUGACACAGUGCUCUCCAUGUUAAAUGAGCAGCGCAUUCGGGGCAUUUUAUGCGAUGUCACAAUCAUCGUGGAAGACACCAAAUUUAAAGCCCACAGCAAUGUCCUGGCUGCUUCAAGCCUUUAUUUCAAAAAUAUCUUUUGGAGCCAUACAAUCUGUAUUUCCAGCCACGUCCUGGAGCUGGAUGAUCUCAAAGCUGAAGUGUUUACAGAAAUCCUUAAUUAUAUCUACAGCUCCACGGUCGUCGUCAAGAGACAGGAAACAGUCACUGAUCUUGCAGCUGCAGGGAAGAAGCUGGGGAUAUCCUUCUUGGAAGAGCUUACUGAUCGCAGCUUCACAAAUUCUCCAGGUCCCUAUGUAUUCUGCAUUACGGAGAAGGGAGUGGUUAAGGAAGAAAAAAAUGAAAAAAGGCAUGAAGAACCAGCUAUCACGAAUGGGCCAAGGAUCACAAAUGCGUUUUCCAUCAUUGAAACAGAAAAUAAUAAUAACAUGUUUUCUCCUCUGGACUUGAGGGCUAGUUUCAAAAAGGUCUCUGACUCCAUGAGAACCACUACUAGCCUUUGCCUGGAGAGGACUGAUGUCUGUCACGAGGCAGAGCCUGUCCGCACCCUGGCAGAACACUCGUAUGCCGUUUCUUCGGUGGCUGAGGCAUACAGGAGUCAGCCUGCACGUGAACACGAUAGCAGUUCACCUGGGAAAACAGGUAAAGAAAAUGGUGAAGCUCUUGCAGCAAAACCGAAAACAUGCCGAAAGCCAAAGACACUCUCCGUACCACAGGAUUCUGAUUCACCUACAGAAGAUACAGCACCCCCUCCGGUAACCAGCUUGGAGGUGAAUCAAGAAAGUCCGCAGCCAGCUGCAGGUCUUUCUCAUUCAAAAUCUCCCGACAAUGAAGCAGACGUCCCCCAUCCGAGGGAAGAGGAAAACAAAUCCUCUGACGUUCCGGUGCCUCCGCCAGCAGAAGUACCCCCUCUCGUUUACAACUGUAGCUGUUGUUCCAAAUCUUUUGACAGCAGCACUUUGCUCAGUGCCCACAUGCAGCUCCACAAGCCCACCCAGGAGCCUUUAGUGUGCAAGUACUGCAACAAACAGUUCAGCACACUGAACAGACUGGACCGGCACGAACACAUCUGUAUGCGGUCAAGCCACGUGCCCGUUCCCGGAGGAAACGAGCGCUUUUUAGAAAACUAUCCUACCAUUGGACAAAAUGGAAAUUCAUUCACAGGUCCAGAACCUUUAUUAUCAGAAAACAGGAUUGGCGAGUUUUCCAGUGCCGGAAGUUCCUUGCCAGAAGCGGACCACAUGGUUAAAUUUGUUAAUGGACAAAUGCUCUACAGUUGUGUGGUAUGCAAACGCAGUUACGUGACUUUAUCCAGCCUCCGACGACAUGCAAAUGUUCAUUCAUGGAGGAGAACAUAUCCUUGCCAUUACUGCAACAAAGUAUUUGCAUUGGCUGAGUACAGGACAAGACAUGAAAUUUGGCAUACGGGAGAAAGGCGGUACCAGUGCAUUUUCUGCCUUGAAACUUUCAUGACCUACUAUAUACUCAAAAACCAUCAGAAGUCUUUCCAUGCCAUUGACCACAGACUUUCCAUCAGUAAAAAAACAGCAAAUGGAGGCUUGAAGCCUAGUGUUUAUCCAUAUAAACUUUAUCGGCUAUUGCCUAUGAAAUGCAAGAGGGCUCCUUAUAAGAGCUACCGCAAUUCUUCCUAUGAAAAUGCUCAAGAAAACAGUCAGAUAAAUGAGCCUGUGCCUGGUCCCUAUGUUAUUCAGAAUCCACACAGCUCUGAAUUACCUACACUGAAUUUCCAAGACAGUGUAAACACCUUGACCAGCAGCCCAGCCGCCCCAUUGGAAACAUCCACAUGUCAGGACGUAUCCACUUCCGCCAGUGUACCAAAUGCAGAGGGUACCAAAUGGGGAGAGGAGACGCUGAAAGUCGAUCUUGACAAUAACUUUUAUUCAACUGAAGUGUCAGUUUCUUCCACUGAAAACACCCCUGGUUCCGCCCUCCCAGUGGGAGAUGUGCCCGGUUUGCCCUUGAGUAAUAGCAGUGAGAACUCAGCCUCCGUGAUCAGCUACAGCGGUUCAGCGCCUUCGGUCAUUGUGCAUAGUAGCCAGUUUUCGUCGGUGAUCAUGCACAGUAACACUGUUGCUGCCAUGACGAGCAACAGGAGGGCCCCUUCAGACCCAACUGUCGGUCAGUCCCGGAGAGAUGACGGCAAACCUGAGCCAGAGAAAGUGGGUAGAGUGGUCAGCAGACCCAAAAGCAUUAAGGAGAAAAAGAAACCUAUACCAGGUAACAAGGGAGAAACACCAGAGGAAUCGAAAUAUGACGCUGAUCCGGGAGGGUCGUUGAGCAAAACCACAAAUAUCACUAAAGAAACUGGUAAAACUGAAACGUACAUCGCAAAGCCGGCUCUGCCUGGGACCUCCACCAGUAGCAACGUGGCACCCCUUUGCCAAAUAACAGUAAAGAUUGGAAAUGAAGCCAUUGUGAAGAGGCAUAUUCUGGGGUCUAAAUUAUUCUGUAAAAGAGGGAGACGGUCGAGUUAUCAAGUGCAGGAGGAGACUUUGCCACAGGAGAAUGAUGCAGAUGCCAACAGAGACAGCCCACUCGGGCUUUGUCAGACCGAGUGUGUGGAGCUGAGCGAAAUGUUUGAUGAUGCAAGUGACCAGGACUCCACGGACCAACCUUGGCGCCCUUAUUACAACUACAAGCCCAAGAAGAAAUCCAGGCAGUUGAGAAAAAUGAGGAAAGUCAACUGGAGGAAAGAGGAUGAGAACAGAAGCCCAAGCAGUAAGUGUAAAUACCCGGCAGAACUGGACUGUGCUGUGGGGAAGGCUCCUCAGGAGAAGGCCUUCGAGGAGGAAGAAAAUAAAGAGAUGCCCAAGUUGCAGUGUGAGCUCUGCGAUGGUGACAAGGCCUCGGGAACUGGAAGUCAAGGAAGGCCCCACCGGCAUCUCACUGCCAGGCCUUAUGCCUGCGAGCUCUGCGCCAAGCAGUUCCAGAGCCCUUCCACACUCAAGAUGCACAUGAGGUGCCACACGGGUGAGAAGCCGUACCAGUGCAAGACCUGCGGGCGGUGCUUUUCCGUGCAAGGAAACUUACAGAAACACGAACGCAUCCACCUGGGCGUGAAGGAGUUCGUCUGCCAGUAUUGCAACAAGGCCUUCACAUUGAACGAGACCUUGAAAAUCCAUGAAAGAAUCCAUACUGGUGAGAAGCGUUAUCACUGUCAGUUCUGCUUUCAGAGUUUUUUGUAUCUCUCCACAAAAAGGAAUCAUGAGCAGAGGCACAUGCGGGAACAUAAUGGAAAGGGCUAUCCCUGCUUCCAGUGCCCCAAAAUUUGCAAAACAGCGGCUGCCCUUGGAAUGCACCAGAAGAAACACUUAUUCAAAAGCCCAAGUCAGCGGGAGAAGAAUGAAGGUGACAUGUGCCAUGAAGACUCAGAUUUCCUGGAGAACCCACAUGCCAUCGAUUCAGACGGCAGUGACCAAAAAGAUCAUGUACAAACUGUUGCUGAAAAAGUCCUUUAAGUGGCAAUACUUAGAAAGAUCUUCAAAAUAUAAGUUGUUGGUUUGUUUUUUUGUUUUGUUAGGUUGGCUUUGUUUGGGGUUGUUUUUUCUUUUUUGUUUUUUUAAUUUUGUUCAUACAACAGUCAUGAAGGAGUGAAACGUAAAAAAGAAAAUCUCAUUUCUGAAAAUUCCAGAAAAAGGAUCCUAAUAGCAACUUAGGGUUUUAGCAUUAACUUCAUGCAAAAGUGCACAAAAAUGAAAUAGCUGAAUCUUCCAAUAUCCCAAGUAUCUUGUGAAAGUUUAUGAAGUUCUUAGCUGUGGUAUUCCUGCCAGUGAAAUAAAAGAGCUUAACUUUAGCCUAAUUUAAAACUCUCUAGUAAGUGCUAAUAGGAACUGGCUGCUGAACUGUCUUUAGUCACUGGAGAAAAUAAGGGUCAAAUACCAUGAAAAGGACACAUUCAUAACUCUGUUAAAAGGUAAAUGUGCUAUGACAGUCAUUAUUCCCAUCCAGCUUCUGCACUAUUAAAAAUUGUUUAAAUUAAUGGAUACAUAUGAAAUACUUAAUAUUAUAGUUGAAAAUAUGUGUGAAAAGAGUAACCUAAGUAGGACAUUCAUACAUUAUCUAGAACUACUUUUCUAGAACACAAAACUUGUAAAAUACAUAUAUAAAUCACUAUGACAUUUUUAACUGUCCAUGUCCCCUGUAGAGAAUUAUAAUGAUGAGCAAUAGAUCUGCAAAUAACGAGGACUAAUGGAAAAAUCCAUAGAAAGCAUUUUGAAUAUGAUGUAAGAGCAUAUGUAUGCUUUUAGAUGGAAUGCUGUUCUCUUGAAGUUAUGGCUGAACUAUUGUUACAACUUGUCUAGUCAAGUCACAGAAAACAUAGGUCAUGCCUUAUCUGUGGGGCAGAGCCUUCCCAGAAUGUACCUGUGGUUACCUGUGCUGCGUAUUACUUUGCAAUGGCCUCACAUCAGAAAAUGAAGAUCAGAUUCUUCUGCAACUCCCUGCAGUCUUCCAUCCAUCACAAGGUCAUGGAUGUGGAAGUUUAUGCCAGACAGACUUAACCAGCCUCAAGGGUUCAAGUAAAACCUGACACCUCCCAUUCCACUUGAGGCAUGUCUGGGAAAUUUAGCAGGAGGCAUGCACACUGUGGUGAAUUUCCAGGCACUUGAAAGUAGCAGAUAGCCUAAUCCCUACAAUUAUUAGCCUUCGUGGAGGCUGCGCAGACCACAAACAUACACUAGGAUAAAACAGGAGGACAACAGAAACAUACUCCCCACCCCACCCAUUAAUGACUUGAGUGGACAAGAGCCUCCUUGCCCCAAACAGUAGCUUUGUCUUGGUGGGUGUGGGGAGGUAGAAUGUGGAGUGAUAAGAUUCUAUCUCCUACUUAUAUGAUUGAAAUAUACCCACAAAGCCAGAUUCUUUGUCUUCAUCUUUUUAGACAUCCAGCUCCCUUGCUAAAAAACCAACAAGUUUUUUAAUGUUCUUUUAUGCUUACCCACACCAUUAACAACAUUGCCCUCAAAGUCUGAUUGCCCUGUAGGAUGUUCCAUCAUGUGGACUGGGUUCCUGGGAAGCUGGAACUCAUCAUUCUUACUUUUUAAACUGCCAGAAUAGUAGAGAGAGAGAAAACAUUCCUACCCUUUGAUCACCAGUAUGAGCAGGAUCCGGGACCUGCAGCCAUUCAUGUCCAUGGGAUUUGAUAGAUGGAAACCCAAGGUUAUCCAAGGUCGCCAGGUCGCCAUUAUGAAGAAAUAACUCAAGGACUCCAGUUUCUCUCUCCACGUGUUGUGAUGUCUCCACAAAGACUUAACAUUGAUUUGGGUGGGCAUGAAAGCAUUUAACACCCAGAAAAGGACAUGAUCAAAGCUGACCUUUUUAUACUGUAGUACUUGGCUGUUAAGUAACCCCAAUAUUGUAUCUGCACUUAUCUUUUCUUCUUUUGCUUACAUACAGUAUUAUGUACUAGAGGAAACUGGGAAAACACAAGCGGAUUCAACUUUAUUUUAAUCAUUGUGUAUAUGUGCAUCUGCACUAUUCAUUUGAGUUUUGUGAAAAAGAUAGUCACAAAGGGCUUAUGGAAAGCAUUUUCGAAUUGAUAAUAAGAAUAUUGAAUAAGCAAUCCUGUGAUCUACUAAUUUGUUUAAUCUCAAUUAGGAUUAUGAAUCAAAGAGAAUUACUGUGCAUUUUACUCAUUUUGAUUUGAGGUAACUCCAAAUAUAAAAUUAUUACAUGUAGUGAUGUCUCCCAGCCCUUACGUGUGGAAAUUUUUUAAGUGGACUUGUAUGCUGAUAAUUCUAGACCAAAGUAAAUAUGGCAGAAUAUUUAUACAUGAAAAAAUAAUUUUGCAAAUAUUUUCUAUAAUUGUAUUAUUCGUUUAAAAUGUUGAUAGCUUGUGUUAGUUUCGGGGAGGGGUGUAUAUUUUGAUAAAAAAAUACUUGACUUUGUAAUUCUGUAUAUUCUAUACAAUUUAUAGCAGAGCCGUUUUAAGACAGCCUUGUCACAUUUUUUGUUAAUUGUGAAAACUUUAUGAGUGAUGUUUAAGUAUGCAUUGAGUACAUAAUGACCAACUAGAAUUAAAGUAAGUGUAAACAGUGAACAUACUGUAUGCUGUACAAGAUAUAUUGUAAUUGCUGUUUUAGCAUCUGUAUUUUGGUUAGAAGAUAUUAUAAAAUACAGAUGUUAAGGGUUGGAAAAAUCUAAUUUUAUUUUUAGAAAUAAUGAAUAUAAAUUUGGUUUUGCUUGAUUAAAAUAGCUUAUUCCUAUGUUAAGUCUCUUUUUAAAUGUUUUAAUGUUACUUCUUUUGUGCAGCCAAGAAGCUAUUUCAUCUCUGUGAGUCACUGCAUUGUUUCACAUACUAUUCACUCAAUAUGUUUCUGUUUCUUACUUGUUUACAUUCCAUGGUACCUACUUACAUGCUUAGGACUCAAAUGGAAUAUGACAUUAAAAAAAAGGCAGAAUAAGA